UUCUUUUCUCCUCGAUUACAGGAGCAUUUUUCUUCUCGUUAACCUAUUCUGGUUAACGAAUGGUGGAUUCAUUUUAGAGGAACAACACGAGCCGUUGAUAAGAAUGGGCACAUACGUGUUGAAGACAGAGCAAAUGAGAUACGAACAGGCCUAUAGCCUAGGAAAUUGAGGUAAAUAUAUAUAGAAAUAAAAAUAAGAAUUUAAAUCCUGUUUGUAGUAGUCAACAAAUACUUUUGACACUACGUAAAAUGUAUGCCAAGAAACAUUUAAACAAACGAAGAGGACGAAAACAUAGUGUAACGCCUCAAAUUACAAAUAUGGAAAGACCGAAAAGACACGAAAAUUAUGAGAUACCACAAAGAUUAAAAAUUUUGUUGGAAAGACCAACAGUAUCUCCGGAAGAACAGAUAAGACAUUCCUGGAAUAAGGAAGACUGUUCUGAAAACAUAUUUGUAGAAACUAAUGGUCUCACAGCCCAUCGAACUUAUGCAAGAAACAAUACUGAUUGCAUAAGAGGUAAAGUUGGGUUCACAAAAGGUCUCCAUGUAUGGGAAAUAACAUGGCCUAGUGAACAGAGGGGGACACAUGCAUACGUUGGAAUAGCAACGUCUGAUGCAACCCUACAAUGCAUGGGUUAUCAAAGUCUAUUAGGACUAGAUAGCAAUUCUUGGGGCUUUGACAUAAACAGGGGCAUGACGCUUCAUGAUUCAAUCAUUGACACGUACCCGAAAAAACAAAAUGGUAGAGAACGAAAAUCUUUUGAAAAGUUCAAAAUAAAGUUCGAGACUAUUAAAGUGAUACUGGAUAUGGAUAAAGGCACACUGAGCUUUUUAGCCAAUGGCCAAUACUUUGGAGAAGCCUUCGAGGGUCUCCAAAAUAAGACACUAUACCCAAUAAUUUCAACAGUUUGGGGCAGAAGUGAGGUAAAAAUGGAAUAUUUAGGUGGUUUAGAGUCUAAACCAAUUACCUUACAGGAAUUGUGCAAAUACACAAUCUGUAAAGGAAUGUGUUCAAUACAUUUCAAAGAAAAUGUCAAACUUUUCCAAUUACCAAAGUCAAUAGAGAACUAUUUGUGCCUUCAAGGAAAGGACUUUUGGAAAAGGAGUCUGAACACAGACAGAAAACAUGAAUGCACAAAUUAUUGUGUCACAAAUAACACGACUGGGCUCCGAGUAAAAGACGUGUGAAAAAAAAAAAAUUAUGGAUUUACACACAUCUGUCAGCAUAUUUUUUUUUUAGAUAUAUAACUAUGUAGUAUGAUAGAGUUUAAUUUUAAUAGUAUAUAAUUAUUUUUGGGAUUAUUCUACAUUUUAUUAUACAAUUAUUUAAUAGAAAACAAAAUGAGUAUAUUUACAGAUUAAUCCUGCCUAAAACCUCAAAUCAGGGGGGGUUUUAGGUCAACAGCAAUUUACCAGGCGAUCCACAGAAGACGAGAAGGAAGAUAAACCAGAAUGGUGAAUAGAAGGAAGGUAAAACAGAAUGAUGGUAUGGUGAGUGUAGAUUGCUGCUAUACGGUAAUGCAAGUGUAAUUUUGGGUUAUCCUUUUCGGUAUUAAAUACUUGCAUUGCUGUAGACCUGUUUUUUUUUUUUUUUUUUUCUUUCAUAUUUCCAAUAUUUUUACUUUUAAUUUGGUAUAAGAUUUUUUGGCUUAAUUAUUGACAAGAGGGGUGUAUUAUCAUGAAUUCUCAAAAUUAUAUAUUUGUGAGAAAAAUAUUUUUCUUGACUCUAUAUUUUGAGUAAGAAAAUGGAAAUAUUAAAAUUAAAAUUGUUUUCAUUAUUAAUAAAUAUUAAAGACAUAUAUGCUUAAAUGGGAAAACAUGAAAAAGGUAUCAAAUUGGGAAGAAGUUGACAAUAGGAGAGAGUAAAAAAAAAAAAAAAA